AUGCUCGUCAAGUUUCUACACCGCACUCUGCUUGCACUGGUGGCUGUACAUGCUGUUCUUGCAGCCUCGAGUAGCUACGAGUCACCUUCAAAAAAUGGAGGCAGCAUGCUCACCAAGCAAAAAGAGCCACUUAAUGUGAUUAUUUCUGGCACAUCAGACGAAUACGUGUUGAGCGAGAAGGGCUUUGUGGACUUUGGCCAAGCCAUUGGAUAUGACCCCGACUCUUUUGUGGGGAAAGUACAAGGCAAUGGUAAGCAGUCAGCCAACCUGGGCGAUGGACGUGGCAGCACGGAACAGGCUGGUCUUAUGCGUCAGCACCCUGGCUCUGUCGAAGCGAUCGUGGGUGGCAAUCACUUCCGCUACUGGAUGCAGGUGGGUGACAAAGCCAACACGAAAGCUGUGUUUAUUGCUGCUUCUGUAGAGAAGGCUUUGAAGUACCACCACGACCUCGUGUCUAACGGCUACGACCAGGGCCGUGAUAUGAUUGUAAAGAAUGCCACCUCUCAGCCGCGCUCAUGGAAUGGCAAAAAAUUCACGACAAAGCAAAUCAAGAUGGACAAGUCCCUGCUCAAGGGUGUUUCGAAAAAUGACCUGAACCACAACAUUGGAACAGAUGGUGGCGUGGCCAUAUUGGAAGUCAGCGUCAGCAAUGACACUGAGGCCGACAAAGGCGACGGUGAUGGAACUUCCCUGACCGCACCUGCCUCUUCUCUUAUGCUCUUAGCCAUGAUCUUCAUUUGUCUCUCGUUCCUGUGA